UAACGAGCUUCGCGAGAAUUCGUUUGGUUUUCGAGCUAGUUGUUCGCACGCGAUUUGUCGUUUGUCCCCCCCGGUCGUUAAGCAAUGUGGAUCGGAUCAAGAAUCUUUAUAAACCCUUCAGGCCGCAUUCUUUAUGAUAUACCGUGUAAGGUGUGCCGGGAUCACUCCUCGGGAAAGCACUACGGCAUAUUCGCCUGCGACGGAUGCGCCGGUUUCUUCAAGCGAUCGAUUAGAAGGAACCGCCAGUACGUGUGCAAGGCGAAGUCCGAGGGCGGUUGCAUGGUGGACAAGACGCAUCGGAAUCAGUGUCGUGCCUGCCGAUUGGCAAAAUGCAUUCAAGCCGGCAUGAACAAAGACGCUGUGCAACACGAACGAGGCCCACGAAACUCGACACUUCGUAGACAAAUGGCUCUAUUCUUUAAGGAGCCCGAAAUUAUGAAUAGCGUGGUGGCACCGCCGCCAACGGCUCUAGAUCUCGUUCUACCCAAAGCGCCGUCGGAACCACGGGUCUCCAUGCCUGGACCAUCGCCCCACCCAUCCCUUCCACAUCCGGCGUAUUGCAACGCAUUGACAAUAUCAAAAAAUCCAUUUGCAAAGUGUAAACAUUUUUACGGAAGCGUGAAAAGUUGGGAGACUCGUUUCCAACAGCGACGAAACAUUGGGGAUCAUUGUGUAUUCCAGAUGCCGUCGACUAUUCCGAAUCUGCAGUUACCGUUUAUACCUUCGAUCAAUCCCGAGUCCAUAUGCGAGCAGGCCGCGCGGCUGCUCUUCCUCAACGUGCACUGGGCACGUGAUUUGGUGUCGGCAACGAGUCUCGUCAUGGAGGACCAGCUGACGUUGCUCGAGUCUUCGUGGCGCGAGCUCUUUCUGCUGGCCGCCGCGCAAAUGAUUCCUACCCUGGACCCCACGCCCUUACUACCGCCGAGUCUUCAGAGUAUCGGGCUCGCGAUCGAGGUGAAUCGUUUCCGCGAGACCCUGGCCGGCUUCCACGCGAUGAACCUGGACCAACACGAGUUUGCCUGCAUUAGGGCGAUAGUGCUCUUCAAAGCCGGCUUGGACAGCGAAUCGGUGUCCAGCAGUAGGAGCACUAGCAGCAACUCACCCAGUCCGGGAAGUCGGCUCAGAGACGCGAUUUGCGUCGCCCGGCUGAUGGACAGCGCACAAUUGGCUUUAGGACAACGACUCAGCGUGGCGUCCUACGGGACUCUCAGGCUCAAUAAGCUGCUACUGUUACUGCCUACUCUGCGCUCCGUAUCUGCGCAUGCCAUCGAGGAACUGUUUUUCAGGACUACCAUCGGAGUGAUUCCGAUCGAGAGGAUUAUCUGCGACGUGUACAAAGCAUCGUAACGCAACGGGCCGUCCCGAUAACGCAAUACGAAACUUGAGGAAAGUACUUAUUUGUUACGUUUCUGUUCUGGCUCAUUAAGAUUUAUUUUAACAUCCAAUAUUAACGUUUUAUUUAUAUGAAGAGAAGAAUAAUUUUGUACAUAUGAUGUGAAAUUAUUUUUGUUUCUUACUUUUCAUUGCUACACAAGGGAGAAUGUAAACAAUUUUAUUUUAAUUUUAUUAGUAUACUUGCACUGGUACGUAAAAGGCAAUAAUUCUAUCGGGGGAUUUUUAUGCGUUUAAUUUUUACUUUCAGCGAAUUUGAUUGGCCGCAAUAUGUGGGUAAUGUAUAUUGAUGUACAUAAAAUGCUGUUGCAUCUGCAUGUUAACAAACAUGCAAGUCAGUUUGAACUUGUCCUAUGUACGGCUCAAAUCGUCAGAGUUUGAUUAAAUAUACACAUAUUGAACAUUUCAUUGAUCGAGAUUUAUAUUGUGGUUUUAUUUCAUCUAUACAUUAUUUUAUAUAUUAUAACAAGCUCAAACUGCAUUGGUGUAUCGUGUAUCCAACUAUACACAUACUUGUAUAUUAGAGCAGCCAAUCGAAUUUGCUAUUAAAGAAGGUGAAGAUUACAUAAUCGUAAAAGGACACGAUACACGCGAGAUAUUAGCUUGAGGCUGAUAGAUUUAAGUUUUAUUAACAGAGAAUGCAGUAACGAGAUAAAAUUAUUAGUUGCCGGAGGCUUUGGAGUUGUGCAAAAAAUUAAUUAAAAGAAGCUGUGUAAAAUGUUUCAAGAAUAAAAUGCUUCGAUGAAAAAGGAGUGUGUUGGAAACUAAAGAAAUUACUAUUAUAUAUAUAUAUACGAUAACAUGUAAAUAUAAAUGUAAAAACUGUGUAGCUUCGUUAUAUUCUAUCGAAUUAAGAUACGAAAUGUAGGAUGAUAUCUUAUUGCGAUGCACAUGUCAAAAACCAUAAGCGUGUGUAUAGAAUAGAUAGGAUUUCAAGAUAUGUAAAUAAAACGUUAUAUAUCUUCAAGAAUCUCUCUUGCUGUUUCC